AUGGUUAUCAUCCUCCUAGGUCUUUGCACAUUAGGUUUUCCAAGAACAGCAUUCUGUCCCUCCAUAAUGACAAAUUCUACAGUGAGUAUUAACACGCCUCCACCAUAUCUUACUCUAGCUUGUAAUGAAAAAUUACCAACAGUUAUGUCAAUUGCUGGAUCAGACUCAAGUGGUGGAGCCGGUGUUGAAGCUGAUAUUAAGACUAUCACCGCACACAGAUGUUAUGCCAUGACAUGCGUCACUACUUUGACUGCUCAAACUCCAGUGAAGGUGUACGGCGCUCAAAAUAUACCAAAGAAAAUGGUAUCUCAAAUAUUAGACGCCAAUUUACAGGACAUGAAAUGUAAUGUUAUUAAGACUGGCAUGCUUACGGUGGAUGCAAUCGAAGUCUUGCACGAAAAACUUUUGCAACUUGGUGAAAAUAGACCCAAGUUAGUAAUUGAUCCAGUUCUUUGCGCCGCUUCUGACUCUUCUCCAACUGGAAAGGAUGUGGUUAGCUUAAUCAUAGAAAAAAUUUCUCCUUUUGCCGACAUUUUAACUCCUAACAUUUCAGACUGUUUCAUGUUACUGGGCGAGAACAGAGAAGUUAGCAAACUACAAGACGUUCUUGAAAUCGCGAAAGACCUUUCUAGAAUCACCAAUUGCUCCAAUAUUUUAGUGAAGGGAGGCCACAUUCCAUGUGACGAUGGAAAAGAAAAGCAUAUUACUGACGUUCUUUACUUAGGUGCUGAACAAAAAUUCAUCACUUUUAAGGGCCAAUUCGUUAAUACUACACGCACUCAUGGCGCUGGAUGCACACUGGCUUCUGCUAUAGCAUCUAACUUGGCUCGCGGUUAUUCUCUUUCCCAAUCUGUUUAUGGUGGUAUUGAGUAUGUACAGAAUGCCAUCGCAAUUGGCUGUGACGUUACCAAGAAAGCUGUGAAGGUUGGACCAAUUAAUCACGUUUACGCCGUAGAGAUUCCAUUAGAAAAAAUGCUCACCGACGAAUGCUUUACAGCAUCUGAUGCUGUACCUAAGAAGCCAAUCGAAGGUUCUCUUGACAAAAUCCCUGGGGGUAGCUUCUUUAAUUAUCUGAUAAAUCAUCCUAAAGUCAAGCCGCAUUGGGAUGCCUACGUGAAUCACGAAUUUGUUAAAAGAGUGGCAGACGGCACAUUGGAACGCAAAAAGUUCCAGUUUUUUAUUGAACAAGAUUAUUUAUACUUAAUUGAUUAUGUGAGAGUUUGCUGCGUCACAGGUAGUAAAUCUCCAACUCUAGAAGAUCUAGAAAAGGACCUUGUUAUUGCUGAUUGCGCCCGUAAUGAACUAAAUGAACAUGAAAGAAGAUUAAGAGAAGAAUUUGGAGUUAAGGACCCAGAUUACUUACAAAAAAUUAAGAGAGGUCCCGCAUUAAGGGCCUACUGUCGUUACCUAAUUGACAUUUCCAGAAGAGGAAACUGGCAAGAAAUAGUUGUAGCCCUCAACCCUUGUCUAAUGGGUUAUGUUUAUGCUGUAGACAAAGUUAAGGAUAAGAUAACAGCAGCAGAGGGUUCUAUUUAUAGUGAAUGGUGUGAUACUUGCGCGUCUUCAUUUUGCUACCAAGCUGUGCUUGAAGGUGAAAGGCUCAUGAAUCACAUCUUGGAAACAUAUCCUCCAGAUCAACUUGAUUCUUUGGUGACGAUCUUUGCAAGAGGUUGUGAAUUAGAAACUAAUUUCUGGACCGCCGCCAUGGAAUACGAAUGA